UUAGACGACAGGGGUACAGAAGAGACUAGGGAAAUCUGGCGGAGUGCUGUAAAGAACUAGAAUCACCACCGCCACCAAAUCCCAGGGCCAUGCUCCCUGAAAGCGUCGCACCCGCAAUUACGUAUCCCAGGAGCAAAGAGACGUUGACUGGUAAAAAGCUCCUGCCGCUGCAACCUCCAUUUUGCUUCCUGGCAGAGAAUAAAAUGGACCUAUUCCUCACUGGCAUUUCACCCAUCAGGAGGGUGUGGUCUCUUCACCUUCGAGAGCAGCUGAGAGGUAAACCUGGUGGUGAAAAACCUCAGCACUGCGAGCCAACUUGGAAGGGAGAACCCUUAAACCUGGCCUGCCCUCACUGAACAUGGCGGCAGAGCCUCGUGCAGGCCUUCGGCGCAUGCUCACUCCUCAGUCCCCGCCUUCUAGGGGCGGGACUACAGUGGGAGUGGGACCGAACUCUGAGGCCCUGCCUGAAGUCAUCCUCGCCUUUACUGUCACCCUGAACCAGGCAGUAGAGAAAGCAUGGAGCCGAUGCCUUCGGCCACCGACGGCGGGGACAGGUCCGCGACGCCCUCGGGCCUGUCGGCUUCUCAGCGUCGAGCAGAGCUGCGGAGGAGGAAGCUGCUCAUGAACUCCGAGCAACGCAUCAACCGGAUCAUGGGCUUUCACAGGCCCGGGAGCGGCGCGGAAGAAGAAAAUCAAACAAAGUCAAAGCCACUGGACAGUGACAUACUGAAUCCCCUCGGCGUUCCUUCCGUUUCCAAGAGGGUAGUGCUUGGCGAUUCAGUCGAUGGAGGAGUAACUGACUACCAGCCCAGUGGUGGCGCCGACAUCAGGGGAGCCCAGCUGGGAGACAAACUGGACUCAUUCAUUAAAGCACCAGAGUGCAGUAGCAAGGAUGGAGUUGAGCUUCGGCAGCGGAACAGAGGUGACCUGACGGCAGACUCGGCCCCGAGGGGUUCUCACCACGGCCUAGAACAGUACCUCUCCAGAUUCGAAGAAGCAAUGAAGUUGCGCAAACAGCUGAUCAGCGAGAAGCCCAGCCAGGAAGAUGGACGGACGACGGAAGAGUUUGACUCUUUUCGAAUAUUUCGACUGGUGGGGUGCGCCCUGCUUGCUCUUGUUGUCCGAGCUUUUGUUUGCAAAUAUUUGGGUGAGAAGAAGGUAAAGACGACAGUGCUGACCGCCGCACUGUUGCUGUCCGGGAUUCCGGCUGAGGUGAUAAACCGGUCCAUGGACACCUAUAGCAAGAUGGGUGAGGUCUUCACGGACCUCUGCGUCUACUUCUUCACCUUCAUAUUCUGCCACGAAGUGCUUGAGUACUGGGGUCCGGAAGUGCCCUGAAACCUGAGGAACUUGGAAGUUUACGAGUGAAAACUACUUCCCUUCUACACUGCAGUGUCUCUAAAGGGGGCAAAUCGGUUUAUAACUUCAUCAAAUUCUUUGGCUUUACAGAAAACCCAGUUAAUCGUUUCCCCGAUUUAAAAGGGUUGAAUUUCUAUCAGUCCAGGUCUGAGUUACCACAUAGGGUAACAAUGGCAUUAACAAUUUUUCUUGUUUAAUUAGAAGUCCAGCCUUACACCUCUCCCCUAAUGUCUGAGAUUUGUGACCCCCCUUACAGGCCCAGGCUGGUACUUGUAAGGGACCAGACGGACAGGUCUCAGCUGGCCUAAAGGCCUAAACCUUGUAUUUGUGUCAUUCCUUCCUGAGAAAUGAAACCAUCCUAAAAAUAAAGCAAAUGGAACUGAA